GUUUGGACGGAGUUGUGGCAGACUGCAUCGGCGCUUGCCUGUCUGGAGUUAGCAUAAAACCGACAUCCACCACCACCGCCUACAUAAGGACCUUUUCUCGCGCCAAACCCCACGAGUUGGUAUCUGGCAUACUUCAAUCAGCCCAACCAACCAGCUUUAUCUUGAUCUUCGCUUGGCUCAGUAGCCUUCAUAAGAAAUAUCCGCCUCUACUUUACCACCUGAUUACCAGCUCGGGAUGCCUUCUUCUAGCAACAAGCCCCUUAUUCUCAUCACGGGCGCCAACCAGGGCCUCGGCUAUGCCACGGCCAAAAUCCUAGCUGACACGGGGAAGUACCAUGUGAUACUCGGUAGCCGAUCGGUCGCCAAGGGCGAGGAGGCCAUCGCCAAGCUCAAGUCGGAAAAUGCCGACGUGGACACUUCGGCGCUUACGCCGGUGGUGCUAGACGUCACUGACGACGCUAGCAUCGAGGCGGCGAGAGACUUGGUGAAGGAGAAGUUCGGCCACCUGGACAUCCUGAUCAACUCGGCCGGCGUCAACGGCCAGAUUCCCGUGCGCAAGCCUGGCCUGCGGGAGAACUACCAGUUCGUCUUCGACGUCAACGUCUUCGGCGUCGCCGUGUUGACGGAGACCUUCUUGCCGCUGCUGCGCGCCUCCCCCUACCAGGAUCGCCGGGUGGUCAACGUGACGACGGGUCUGGGCCAGAUCGGCGUCGCACUGGCCACCGACACGAUAUACAACGCGGCCAGCCUGCCGGCGCCCGAGUACCGCAGCAGCAAGGCGGCGCUCAACAUGCUGACGGCCGUCGACGCAUCGCGGCUCAAGCCGGAGAACAUCACCGUCGUCGCCGUCGCGCCCGGCCACACCAAGACCCAGUUCACGGGAAACCGAGGCGUCAAGGAGCCGAGCCAGGGCGCGGCCAACAUCGUCAGGGCCGCCAUCGAGGGCAAGCCGGAGGACCUGUACGGCAAGCUCCAGGCCGAGGAGCUCGUCGAGUACGGCUGGUGAGCUGCGAAUCUCACAGCUAGGUCGGCGUCCCGCAAGAUUAUUCGCGCCUGCGAAGACGGGACACGGAUUCUAGGGGUAGACGUUGUGGUCGUGAAGAAGCCGCUACCUACCUUUUGGCAGAUAUAGACCUCAUACCACAUAUAAACGAGGGUAACUAGUCGUUAUGUAUAGUGUCUAUAUCAUGUUGGAGUUGAGCCCUCAUGAGGCUCCUCAGAUUCUCAAUCAAGUUGCCUGCCGAUUGACUUGUCACUGCUGCACGCCUGUUUCGCGUUGACCUAUCUCUAGCCCGUCCCGAAGCCCAUAGCCGUUUCUGUAGCGCUGGAGUUUUGGGUAUACCUACGUUGUGUGAUACGCUUAUCUCGUGAAUGGGCGAAACAUCG